GUGAACGUGAUUGCCAUCGAUAUCAGCUGCUUUAGAAACAAUAGUCAAGUUGUGAUUUUCGGAGAACUCGAUGUAUUGGACGGCACUCCUUAUAUUACUGCUAAGAUAACGCGAGAGUGCAGCAACUUGAACAUCCAGCAGAAUUCCUCAGCCGUGGCAAUAGUACAACGUCUUUUCCCAAAUAUCCUCAAGUGAACACCAAGAUUUGAAGAGGACGGCAUCAUUUAAUAUUUGGUUUAAUUUGUAUUAUUUCUUUUUUUAUUACUGACAUAACAGAACUGUCUUUUUACUGCUAGAAUAAUUAUUGUAUUAUCAGAAGAUAGAUAAAGGAGAGAAAUAUC